GGGGCGUUUCUAAUAGAUAUAGUUACGUCGUCUUUUCUCGACUUAACAACGCCGCCAGAAUAAUUCUUCUUAAUGAAAACGACGACGUUCUCGCUCUAUCCAACGCCACCAAAUACUCAGGUCGUAGGAAGGAACAUUGCCAGUAGAUUGCUGCUUCGAAGGGGAGGAAGGAGGUCAUGUCAGAUCUAAGCUUGAUUGUAGCAAUAUGCUCAUUGUUCCUAGAUGUCAGAGCUAUGAACUGGAUUCAGCGCAAGAUCUAUCUUUACAAUGUCACUUUUGGGCUUUACAUGUUGGAUUGGUGGGAGCGUUAUCUUUUCAAUGCUCUGGUGCUUGUGUUGAUGUGGUUCGUUCUUUACAAUGGAUCACGAUAUGUAACCGAGUUAUGCAAGAGGCAUAUAUGGUGAGGAACAGAACCGGAAUCAAGUCAUCAACUGGAAGGAUGACAAAUGCAGAGUGGCAGCAGAUAUAACUUAAUAGAGAUGCAUAUAUCUUAAUUUCAGUCUUAAUUUCGCUCGUAUAUGGCAUGACAGCUGCUGUAUAUCUUAAUUUCAGUCUUAAUUUCGCUCUUAUAUAGCAU